GAGAAAGCGGGCGUCACUCCCUCCACACAGCUGCAGCUACCACAGACCGAUAAGCCCGAGUUGUCGCCCGCCCUGCAGAGAUCUGGUCUCCUCGGGGCCGAUCCGGCCGUUAGCAGCUCUGGUUGAGGAGAGAGGGGCGGCCCAGGCGACUCGAGGUGUCAUGUCAGUCCUGCGGCCUCUUACUGUCCCUGCCCCGUCACCUGACCUCGAGACCUCCCCUUACCCCUGCGUCACAGGUGAGAACAGAACGAGGGGGCAGCAGAGGGGAGGGCUCCGAAGCACACACUGAGGCGAGAAGAAAUGAGCGGGAGUCUUGCAGCGGCAUCUGGCUGACGCUGGCUGACUCACUGACUGCUGCUUCUGUGUGUGCCAUCUGGGCGGUGUGUGUGCGUCAGAUCUGACAGAUGCUCAGGGCGAGGGUGUGGGUGUGCCAGAAGCGGUGUCAGAGGACGAGCAGGUAUGUAUGGCACACACUCACUGUCGAUACGACUGAUUUCCAAGAUUCAAUCAUGCUGCCUGCGUCGUCUCCUGCAAUGCAUGUGCGCCUGGUCAUUUCAUUCUCUGCCUCCCUUAGGUUGGUCGCGACUCGUCAGCCCACAAGGAUUUGGGCGCCAAGGCCGACCAUCCCCGCUCAUGUCCCAGACAUGCCGGAGAACCCUCACAAGACGCCGCAAAGGUGACGACUCACAAACACGCCAGCCAGAGAGAGGAGCAUGAACUGAUCGGCGGACUAUUAUGUGUGUGUGAUGUGUGCAGGGCGGCAGUUCUUCCCCCCUGAUUGUGUUGGGCAAUGCAGCCCCGUCACCUACUUCCUGGCCUGUGGUGGCCGCGGGCAGGCCGACCAAGACCCCCCCACACCGGGACACCACCCGCCAUCCCCCGCAACUGUUUGGCCCGGUGGCUGACAGGCUGUCAGCCACCGGGCCACCCCACAACCAGCAGCAGUUCCAUCUCCCCGCCGUGAAGCCCCCUGAGGCCGUCCAUGUCCCGCCCAAGUCGAUGCCGCAGUGCACGCACCAUGACGAGCUCGUGGCGGCACUCGAGGCGCUCGGGGUGGCCUCCAACCCCAACACAUCCUCCAGCUCAUGCGACAGCCUCUUCCCCGUCAAUGUGUCACCGCCCAUGUUGCGGCCGCCGAGACUCAUGGCCCUCACGCCCCAUGCCAGCCAACCUGGGCCCAUGACCGGUGAGGAGAGCGGGGCGUCGAGCGAGCAGAGGCUGCGGCUGCAUCGCGCCAUGUCGUCGAUGAGGCCGCCCCCUCUGCCCCUCCCGCCACUGAUGAUGAUGCACCAGCCGUGGGUUCGCUUCCUGCCGACCGGCAUCCAGGCGAACCCCAUGCUGCGCAUCAGCCAAGUGUUUCCGCCCCGCAGCCUUUCCGAUGCACUCCCACACCCAACACAACCACCACUAGCAGCAGCAGCAGCAGCAGCACCACCACAACCACCAGCAGCGGCCACAGCGGAAACCGACAGCCAGCAGCAGCACCAGCCAGCUGACAGCAACAGCGUCCCCUCACCGGUCACAGCCGCCAAGCCAGAGAGAAUUUUGGCCCCAUCCGAUGGCAUCCACAAGCAGGAGACGCGGGCAUCGACCUCCAACGAGCUGACGCCCUCUCUGUGGGGCUUGGUGGGCGACAAGGGUGCAAGCGAGGAGGGGCGGCGGACGCCCGACACAGGUCGCGACGACGGCGACGCCGCGGGAUCCCAGGUUGGGGGGUCGACCCCUCAGGCGUCUCCGGCUGGUGUGGGUGAGGGCACUGAGGAGAUUCUGCGGAUGGAGCGUGAGUUGCAGCAGAAGCUACCGAUGAUCGAGAAGGUCGUGUCGCCCGAGUUCAUGCAGUUCAUCCUCACGGCCAUGUUCCAGCUGCAGGCCGCCAAGCUCAACGGCAAACACACAGACGAGGUGGAGCUGCGGCAGGCCGAGGACCUCCUGCACGAGAUCAUCGAGGGCAUCUCCCGUGCCGACGACACCAAGACCGCUGCUAUCCGGGCCACCAUGGGAUCCGGGAAUGGCAAUGCCAGUGCUAGCGCCAGCCAGCCUGCGACCAAGCCCUCACCAUCACAAGCUGACGGCCAGCCGGUGGCGCAGAGCACACCCGUGCAGCAGCAGCCUAAGCCUCAGCCACUCCCCCUCCCUCAGCCCCCUCCCCAGCGCACCACCACCGCCCCCGCCAGCCUCUCCCUCCCGCCCAGCUUCGACUGUCAACCCACAAGCCCAGGAGGCGCCGGUGCGUCGCCGUUCCCGUCGCCCUUCCCCCGCGCCCCGUCCUUGGGGCAGCCAGACCCCUUCUCGCCGGCCCAUUUCCCCCCCGUUGCUGAGUCGCCCUUCGGCGGCAAUGGUCGCGAGAAGCAUCCCUUCGGCUUCCCUUCGCUGGACGGCGGUCCCCCGUCCCCCACGGCAUUCGACCCGCCCCCCUUCUCGUCACCGAGGAACGAGGGCGGCGGCAUGCUCGGCGAGAGCGGCCGCGAGUCGUCCUAUGUGAGUCCCAAUAGCUCGCUGGCGUCGAUUGGUCGGCAGCAGUGGUGUGAGGCCGCCAAUGGCAGUGGUAAUGCCAGCGGGACUGCGGGCGGCAGCGGCGGCAGCAGCAAUGGCGACGAGGUGUUGAGUGAGGGUGCGGGUGUCCUGCGGGUGGUGAGUGCCAAGAAGGGCUGGGACUACUACGUGAGGAAGACGCCGGUGGUGCUGGGGUGUGCCUCGAGGGCACAGCAGGGCGUGCGGGUCGAUGUCGACCUGGGAGACGACAGACGGUACGCUCGGCUCGCGGGGUGGGUGGGUGGCUUGCACUGCACACCACAGUACAGUCCGUAGUCAUCCAUUGAUUAAACGUUUGUGUCAUUGGCAUUGGUUGCGUCUUUGUCGGUCGCUGUCUGUAUGUCAGGCUUGACAGCCGUCAUGUGGUGAUCCGGUGGGACAGCCAGUCGUCGUGGGGCCGUCCUGAGGGCCGCGGCACUUUCUGGCUCAAGAAUGUCGGCGCCACGCCCAUCUGGAUGGGCAACUCCGUCCUCACGUAAGCUCCCUCCCUCCCUCACGACGACAGGCAUUCAGACAUCGGUUGACACAAUCACUAUUAUAUUUGUGGCUGUCUGUCUGUCUGUUUUGUUGUCUUGGUUCCACCGGCCUGCAGCAAUCUGUCUCCCGAGCUGGCCCUUCACGACGAGGGUACGAUAUCGAUAGCUGGCGACCAGCUGCACAUCACGUGGCAGCCUCAGGCCCCGGCCUCCCUGCCGCCCGUCUCCCUCGACGCCAUCGUGCCCUUCCCCCCCAAGCCCUCCCGCAGCAGCAAGGAGCGCAGCCUCCCCCUGCAGGCCAACCCCCUCCCACGAGCUGCACCCAUCGAGAUACUCGACUUCCAGACCUUCAUGAUGGGCAUGGCCCACCAGGAAGCCGCAGCCGCCGGCCAGGCAGCAACUCGACACAUGCCCAUGUUCUCCCAUUCCGAGGCAGCCCCGCCCCCUCUGUCGCCGCCCAUGUCGCUCGGGUCGAGUGCGAUGGGACCCGCCUCCCCCAACCCCGCCACGGGCAACGCGCGGGCGCGCUGCAAGAGGGGGUCGUGCAGGGCAAAGAAGGCGAGGAGCACGGCUGCCGCUGAUGCCGACGGUCUCUACCAGUCGCCCGCCCCCAAGAAGCGGGGCAGGCCGCGGAAGAGACAGAGGCUCGACGAUGACGACCCGAUGCAGAUGGGCGACGACAUGAAUCCCCCCGGCCAUGUGCUCGAGAACGAGCGGCCGGCCAAGGGCCGCAAGCAGGCCAACGGGUCGAGCUCGGGGAGGAAGGCUACGGCCGCUAGGAAUGAUGAGCUGGAGCUUUUCGAGGACACGGGGAGCCACGCAGCGUCGUCAGAGGUCAGCCACGAGCUGCGGCGGUCGUCUCGCCGGCGGAAGCGGCGAUUCAUUGACGCCGACAACGACGAGUGGGAGGUGGGACCCGAGUGGGCCGUAGGGCACCACCAUGAGCUCCACCAACAGCACGCGUACGACCCAUACGCCACCAUGCCGUAUCACCAGCCUCCAGGCAAGGUCCUCACCGACACACCGGCGCCGGACGUCACUCCCUCCCCCCCGGCCAAAGCAACCUCAUCGGCCAAGCGGAAGCACCGGCGGCGGAAGAGGGACCAGCACGAAGAGGAUGAGAUGUCCCCCAGCCACCCCGGCCAUCAGCACCAGCACCAGGCCGACCCCUAUGCGGCCACCGAGGUGGCCUACCAUGGCCACCACGGCUACACGCCUACGGGGAUGGCGGUGGCGGGUGGGUACGGUGCCACCGACCCCCAUGGGCACCACCCCUACCUGCACCAGGGUGUGGACUACUCGUCGUCGGGUCUGCAGCCGUGGGAGUCGGGUGUGGGUAUGGAGGGGAUGGAGGGCGAGGAGGAGAUGGGCAUGGAGGCCGGCAUGGAGGCCGACGACGAUGAUGACGAUGGCGGCGGGUACGGCGGGUGGAUGUGAUGUGAUUUGAUGCCACCCACUGGGCUGAUUGAUUGAUUGAUCCAUCUCACUGACUGGUGGGUGUACUGUACGUCGCGUGAGUGAGUGAUAGCUAGGCGGUCUGGUAGGUACCUGAUGUGUGUGAUUGACGCACGUGUGUGAGGUGAGUGCGUCAAGGAAUUGCGUGUGUGGUGUGGUGUGGUGUAGUGUGGUGUGGAUGUUAUCUAAACAAAGCCUGGCUGCUUGUGUGGUGUGGUGUUAUGUCGUGUGGUGUCGUGUGUGGGUUGGUGUGAGUGAGAGCGGCUAUUUCGUGAUUGAUCUUUUUGCUG